CUUAUUGCUACUUCUUGGCAAUCUGGACGCCAUCUUUCACCUAUUGCCCACACCUUUCCUUAUAUCUUUUGUCGUCUUGUAAGCGACUUGCACUUGUUUCUUUUUUACUCUUGCUCUCUUUCUUUUUCUUUCUUUUCUUUUUGCGCCAGUGCAAAGCUCCUCCCUUUCUUUUUCUUUUGAAUCCGCAAAUCCCUUUCCCUUCAUCUGGGUUUCUCCUCGUUGAAAGUUUUUUUUUUUUUUUACUCCUUUAAUAUCUCUUCCCAUCAGAUUGCCAACCAUCACUUGAAUCUCCAUUUCCUCUUUUUUUUUCGACCUUACUAGAAAACCGUACCUCUCUAUUUCUCUUUCCCUGAACCCGCUUUUUUUUUUGGUGACUCCUCUCCCGCUCUACCACCCAAUUUUCUUACUUUUUUUCGCUGAACCAAUUCGUGAUUUGAAACACAAAAAUAUAAUACAAUGGGUCAGAUCUUGUCUAGCUUCAAUCUCCGCGCAAGCGAUGCCAUGGUGCCUGAAUUGAAUUUCGAUAUUGAAAAUGCGACUCCAUCGACGGACGAACUGCAGCUGUACAAUCAAUUAACCGCACUGUUGGUGAAACCUGGUCCUGCGUUAUUAGCCUCGCUUAAAAAUUAUACAUCCGCCUCUGAACUUAUUCGUGAAGCCAUUGCAACACCCAAUCCUGAAAAUGAAAAUCGAGCGUGGGAUGCUGUCCUGCCAACCGUAGAUGUACUUCGUGAAUUUUACGACUAUGCGGCCGAUCUAAAGGAGAACAUGCCACGACUCUUGAACGUACUGUGCCAAGGAGACGUUAAUAAAAACCUCGAGAAGCAUCAAGGACUCACCAAAUUAUUCGCUGAUCUGCUUGAUUUCGUGUUUGAAUUCGAUCAUCUCAAGAUGCGACAUCCGACAUUGCAGAAUGAUUUUUCGUAUUAUCGACGAAUGUUGCAACGCGGUCGUUACAGUUCACCGGGACGAAUGUCGAUGGACGAGAGUGUUUCGGAUUUACGCAGUGCCAUGGUAGAAGAUGAUCUCGCCAACCGUAUAUCACUAUUUAUCGCCUAUCCUACACCCAUGCUGAAAUGUGUGAUUGAUACCACGACAAAAUACGUCAAAGACAACAGAUUGCAGAAAAGCGUGGCGGAUUGUCUUAGCGCGCUUUGGUCAGCGUGCUUUCAAACAGUAAACAAGAAAAAAUCCCAAGGUCCCGAGGUAUCGGCAUUUUGUCUCAAAGUCAUGGUGAUAUCCAUCAUUCUCUAUGAUCACAUCGACCCCAGCGGUGCCUUUUCAAAAAGCUCGCCCAUUAAUAUCAAAAACUCUGUAAAAAUGAUCCAGGCGGUCAACAUACUCGAUAUAUCUAAUGAAUCCAGCGCGUCCAAUCUGAUGUCUGCGCUGAGAUAUAAUUCCAAGCAUCUAAACGAUGAUACAACUCCCAAAGGCGUGAAAAAUAUGGUGAUGGCAGCCUAAGACGGGCUGCAUUCAAUGGAUCAUUCCCUAGCUAGCUUGUUCUUUCUAGUGCUCCCCCAAUGAAUCACUGUAGUCUUGCAUCGUCGUCUAUUCGAAUCAGGAGAAGAAAAAAAAAGUGCCUACAAAUUUAGUCCGUAUAAUAAUAUCUAACCUCUUAUGUAAUUCCCCAUCGUCGGACGCUAAUGAUUCAACUAGUGUCGUUUUCGUCCAAAUAAUAUUU